CUCACUCUCAUCCAACCUCUGUUCAAUGAGCAGCCAACAAGGCAGCUUUUGCCCGAUUGAUCUGUUGACUCACACUCCAGCUCUUGCCAUGACGUCCGACCGCCGACCAAGGCGUUGGCAGUCUUCGGCUGGUCCUGUCAAUUUUCCAUAUAUCCUCUGAUUUCGACCUUGCUCGAGCUGCCCAAAUCCGCAUUGCCCUGGCCCCAAGACCUGCAAUGAAUGUUUGGGCAUCUACCCUUCAUGAAAGAGAAUGGGAUUCCUUUGAGACAGAGUGCGUGAUUUAUUCCAGGUGAUUUGGCCGCAACACUUGAAUGAUGCAUGCGACCUUCCCUCUACCGUUGUGUCUAUAAAUUCGCCACAGCCGGCACUGUGUCUGUCCAAAGACUCGAACCAAACAAUGCCUUUUGCAGCGGCCAGGCUUUUGCCAACUAGAUUAUACUUGACACUGAUGGCGAGCUUCAGGGCCAUUGGCUGGCUUCUCACUGCCACCUGGACGUACGCUGUGUCCUUGAUCUGGCAGAUUGGCGAUACUAUCUUCAAGUUCAUGCUGAAUUCAAUUCCAGGCUUCACCGAAACAAAUGGAGCUGACCACGAGCUUCCCGUCCUUGAAGGCGAAUGCCCGCCGCCUGCGUCGUCAGGGUCGAGCCUGACCGUCAACCUGUCCGAGGGAGGCCCGCCAUACACUCCGCUUCCUGAACCACCGCCGCUGCCAAUUGUCCCGGACGAGCAAGACUUCCUGGGAAUGGGGAACUGGUAGCGCUUUUGCCAUGGGUCUUGAGGUGGACUUGAGAACGGUUGGCGUUGUGAAGGAUACCUUGCAGGACUGAGAUUUAGUGUAGUUUGUUGAUUGAUCAGAGGACUCAGACGGAAGACUUCCUCUCGGUGUAGAAAAGGUUAUCACAUUGCAUCUAGUUAAAAGGUGUAUGCUAACAGUCGGUAUUCACCCAAAGUGUAAAGCAAUUCCA